ACUCGAAGAAGCAAGUUAAGUAGCAGACGACCAGCCUGGACUUGUGCAUUGUAUAUUUAUCUGUUGGGCCGUAAGUUUGUAAGAAACAUUUCUAGUACUAUCAACACAGGCUGUCCAACACAACAGAAGAUUCUUGGGAAGGACAAGAUGCCACUUAUAGAGGAACUCACCGCAGAAAUUGAAUCCAAUCAGACACCAUCACUUGGGACCAGGAUUGAAAUAGAAACUAUCACAGACUCCAAUAAAGAAGAAAACACGCCAUCUGAUAAAGAACUCUGCUUGGAGGAGAACGACAAGGAAAACAAAGACAAACUAAAUGUGAAAACAGCCAUGGAUUCUAAUCAUAAAAGUGAAAAAGGUGCUGGGGACCAGGAGAAUGCUAAAAACGUUGACAUGACAAAGAAUGACAAGAAACCAGAAGGACCAAGGCUCACAGCCAAAUUUUUGAGACAACAUUGUAAGGAUAUGAAACUGUAUACAACUCCAGAGCUAAAUGAUGUACUUUAUCUGCAUUACAAAGGUUUGUCAAAGAUAGAAUGCUUGGAAGCAUACACAGGAUUGAAAUGUCUGUGGCUGGAAUGCAAUGGCUUGACAAAGAUUGAAAACCUAAAUUGUCAGAAGAAGUUGCGAUGUCUCUACCUGCAGCAGAAUCUAAUCAGAAAAAUAGAGAACUUGGAAGACUUGGAGAUUCUUGAUACCCUCAAUGUUAGCAACAAUUCAGUAGAGAAGAUUGAAAACAUAUCUUGUCUGAAGGUGCUGCACACUCUACAGAUAUCACACAAUAAGCUAUCCAGUGUGGAGUCAGUAAGUCAUCUGGCUAAGUGUGAGAGCAUCAGUGUUCUAGACCUGUCUCACAAUAAACUAGAGGACCCUGCAAUCAUUGAUGUCCUGGCCAAAAUGCCACAACUGAGAGUGUUGACACUAACGGGUAACCCCAUUAUAAAGAAUGUGAAGAAUUACAGGAAGACUUUGACAGUAACUCUGAAAAGUCUGACCUACCUGGAUGAUCGUCCAGUGUUUCCUAAAGACCGUGCUUGUGCUGAAGCCUGGGCUGCUGGGGGUGUGCAGGCUGAGAGGAAAGAGAGAGAAGCCUGGGCAGAAAGGGAGAGGAAGAAGAUACAGGAUGGUAUUGAUUAUAUGAUGGAUUUACGAAGAAAGGGGAUAGCAAAGAAAUUGGAGCGUGAACUGAAUGAAGAGCGUGAGAAAGAGGGCAAAGAAGGGAAGGUGGAAGUGGAUGUGGAUUCUGUGGACUGGUUGUAUGGGACAUAUAAAACCAAGGAUGGCCAACAGCGGACGUUUGAGUCAGCUUACAACUUGAAACGAGACUCUGAAUCCGAGGAUGUGGAGGAAAAUCCUGGUCAGAAAACAUCUGACCGAGAAGAAAUUCCAUUCAUUAAACCGAAAGAGGAGGCAGAAGGAAUAUUCUCUUCACAGAAAACUCAAAGAAAUCAGUCAGAGAUAUCCUCCAGAGUGUUGAUUACAGAAGUACCAGAUGAAUCAGACCGAAGGCAAGAUGAAGACUUAGAUGAUUUACCUGACCUAGAGGAUGUCGAUGUAACAGUUCAGCCGGUGACAGAGCAGGAGCCGUCUGUCAUGAGGCCUGCUUACAAACCAAAGAUUGAGAUCCUGUCAGAUGAUGAAGAACUAACUCCUAGCAGUUUCCUGAAGAAGUGUGGUGUGAGUAUAGAAGAUAUCACACCUGAAACCAGUUCGGAAACCUUAACCGCCAAUUCUGACACAUGUCUGACAACAUCAGCCCCCAGUGAGCAGGCUGUACCGCUGGUAGGACCAGAAGAUGUGGAACUCAGCACGGUGAACACUGCACCAGCAGCCACUACUCUAGAAACACCAGAAUCUUAUGACACUGUUCAGCAGCGACACUCUGCAGGUCUUCUUGAAGACAUGCAUAAAGUGACAAGCUCAAAAAUAUCAAAGACAGGAAAGCUAGAAUAUGGCCCAAAUCAAGAUGAUGAAAACUCAUGGGAAGAAAGAACUAAAGAGCAGAAAAUAUGGGACUUGGCUAAAAAUAUUGGUGUCAGUAAAGACAAAGGAGAUAUAAACGUGGAGUUUGACCAACUGGAUUAACUAAAUGUCUUUCUCCAUUUUUCAUAUUUCUCCUCACUAAAUCAGCCAUUUUCAGUGUAGAUACAUCACAGAUCAGCCAGCUGUAUGAUACAGGAUUCAUUCUGUCUUCAUGAGCUGUGAAAUCAACAACUUGUCAUAUAAUCACAUAUAUUCAUUGAUGUUUACAAUGUAUGUUUUAUCAUCUUCAGAAAUAUAUUUAAUGAAGUUCUCAUUUGUUUGGGGUGAAACAUUCAUAAAAUCCAUUUGUCCACCAAAUAUGUUGUCCAUUAAGAACAGACGAAAAUAUUUCUUCCUGCCUUUCUUCAUGGUCCCAUGAAUUUCCAUGAUUCUAGGUUUCCCAUGAGGCACAUGAAGCAUGUACAACUUUGUGGUCAUCGUAACUUGUGAUGUGUGUAUUGUACGAAGUUCUGUCUGACCAACAGUCGUAGUUCUCCUUGAAACUCUACAUACUCCAGUCUUCUCCACUCACGAAACAGACCUCAGUAUUAUAAGGGAAAUAUUCUGAGUACAAUCUUCAAUCCAAAUCAAAUAUGAAUUGUUCCCCUCAGUAUGUGAGGG